CUUCUAGCAAGUACCAGUCGAAAGCUACAGAAUGUCUCAUUAUUUCAUAAAAAUCUGUUCUGGUUGAAUUGCCUAAUGUUGAAACCAAUUUGUAUUAUCUGUGGAACCACAGGAGCUGGAAAAUCCGAUUUGGCUGUUGAGUUGGCCAAAAAGUUUGGUACAGAAGUUAUUAAUGCGGAUUCUAUGCAAGUGUAUCGAGGUUUUGAUACGAUAACAAACAAAAUAUCUCGUGAAGAGCAAAAAAAUGUCAAGCAUCAUCUCAUGUCAUUUCUGGAUUAUGAUCAAGAGUAUAGCGUUCCCAACUUUGAAAAGGAUGCGAAGAGAAUUAUUCAUGAACUGCACGAACAAGGAAAAGUUCCAAUUUUGGUAGGUGGGACAAACUACUAUCUGCAUUCCUUACUGUUUGAUGACUCUACCCUUUCGUCCAUUGACCCUCCUUUACCUGAGAAAGUCAGACAUCCCGAUGAAGGAAUAUUAAACUCUGACAAUACAGACUUGAUGCUUCCAUAUUUACAAAAAGUUGAUCCGGUAAUGGCUGAACGUUGGCAUCCUCGUGACGUACGGAAGAUCCGCAGAAGUUUAGAAAUUUACUUUAACACUGGAAAGCGGCCUUCCGAUAUCUAUAAAGAACAGUCAAGUUUGAAUAAAUCGAAAUUAAAAUACAAAACACUUUUAUUUUGGGCUAAUGCUGAAAAUGAUGUGCUGAUGCCUCGCUUGGAUGCCCGCGUAGAUAAAAUGCUACAACAAGGACUCUUGGAUGAAGUGCAAACAAUGAAAUCUUCUAUCGAUAAAAGUGGCUUUAAACCUGAUAUUACUAGAGGAAUUUGGCAAUGCAUAGGCUUUAAAGAGUUUGAACCCUGGUUUCAGAAUCCGUCUGAGGAGACAUUCCAAGCAUGUUUAGAGAAAAUGAAAGUAUCCACAAAGCAAUAUGCCAAAUAUCAAAAAAAGUGGAUUCUUAAUCGGCUUUUGCCUCUCUGUGUCUCUGAACAAAAGUUGAGACCUUCAUCUAUUCUAUUUUCCAUUGCAAACACCACGGAUUUACAAAAUUGGAACAACGAAGUAGACCGUUCGUGCGACGUAUUUUCCUGUUUUUUUAAUGAUCAAACACUUCCUGCUAUGUCAAUACCAGAACAAAGGGUUAUGGAAAAGGUUGAACAAACUUUACAAAUGCAAGACAGAGAUACUCUCAACACUAAAUUUACCUGCGAUAUUUGCUUAGAUAAAACUGGAAGGCCUUUUGUUGCCAUCGGUAAAGACGCUUGGCAAACGCAUAUUCAAAGCAGAAAGCAUAAAACGACGAUUCGUCGAAUAAAAGAAAGAGCCACUCGACAUGAGCGCAUUGAAGCUGCAAAGAAAGCUGCCUUAGAAAGGAAAAAGGAAGCCGAGUAAUUCAUUAUUUUUGGUUAAUUUAUAUAGGGUUUUAUCAGUAAUAGCUAGGUUAAGAUACUUGUUUAAGAAUUGCUUUUAUUUUUUCAUAUCUGAAGCUACAAACCCCUAUAAGCAGGUAAUUAAUUAUAUUUUUCCUCUAUUCUAUUUACUAGACCAAUCUAUU